GGGACAAAAGUUCUCUGCAUAAGCCGAGCCGGCUUUGCACAACUAGUAGGGGACAUAGUUUGAUUGGUCUUCCAUAUCACAAAAACGAGUUCGCUGAAUUUGAUGUCGCUUCGUGUUUCACAACCCAUGUACUUGUCGGUAUCAAACGAGCAAAAGUUCUAUGCAGUCGUGGAUAUCAUGGGCAACUUAAGAGCUGGAACAAAAGUUCCGUACAGCAGCUGCUUGACCAAGAUGACUCUACCUCGAGCCUACUCAAGUAUGCAAGUAUUACUAUGCUUCUCAAAAGUUGUGGGAUGCCAGCCAGAGAUAAAUACUGCCCGCUUCCUCGUUACUUUCUCUGGCUCUGGUUUCAAAGGCAAGACUUUCCUCUGCAUCUCUGAAUUGUUACGUUCAUUAUUCGACUUGUUGCAUUAUCCAGCUUUUGAGAUGGCUCAAAACGGACUUCGACCCUCAAAUCUUCUCUCUAGCAGAGAGAGCCAGACCGCAAAGAUUCAAUCUCCAUAUUCUAACACAGAGCACGAUUCCCGAAAUUUCAUAGUCAAUUCAUCUGAAGUUGGUAUCAACUUCCCAAUGAAUUUUCGGGCCGGCACUGCAUACGAGUCUUUCAACUCUCAGUGCGCACCAUACGAUAAUACCACACAUCACAUCUUUCCCUCUGCUAAUGCCCUCCUUCCAUCACCUGCCACCUAUCCAUACCGCAAUGGUACCCAUCAAGAUUCUUCUGGCGGACAUAGGGGAGCUCAUCGCAGAACCAAACGCUCCUCAAUGGCAAUCACUCCUCCAAAGCCAAUGAUGAAACGCUACUUAGCUUCGCCAUCCCACAACGACCCGUUUUAUGCCAUGGACUAUGAUAUUCCCAUCUCCUCCAAAUCACUACUAGAGGCACGCUCCUACACCGCCACCGCAGUCCCUAUUGCAUCAAAUUCCAACUUGAACCACCAAAGAUCUCGUCGAGGAGAUCUUGAAACGAGUCACAUGGGUGCGUGGAUACUUGAGACCGAGGUUGUUGCUGCGAACAUAGAUGCGUCCAUGGAAGAGAUGAAAUGAGGUGGCGAAGGAGUGAAGUCAGGACUCCUGAGUCAUGUUGGAGACUUAUGGCAGCGUGAGUGUUCG